UUGGCAGGCUGCCGCAGGCGGGCAGAGGCGACAAGCGCAGCAGAAUAAGAUCCCAGACAACAAGGAUGAAGUUUCAUUUCUACAUCGCCUUGUGUAAUUUUGUCUUUACAAACACCCAAAUGACAAGCAAUGACUCAUCUGACGACGUGUUUGGGUUCUACCUCAACGACCUAUUGACCUCUGUGAAAGAUGUGUCCUUGAACGGAGUUCUUAAUACGACUACAGGCAUGCCCAUACUCCACUGCAACGUAUUCUGCAACGGUACAACAGUCACAAAUGUCGUUGACCGUGGGUGCUCGUCAGCCAACCCAAUCUGCAAAACAUGUCACUGUGAUGCUGACUGUAAAGAAUAUGGCGACUGUUGUCCAGACGAAAGGUUGAAUGUGACGAUGGAAAGGGAAAACAGGCAUGUUUGUGUCAGUGGAACAAAUAAAACAUAUUUCUUCACUGGUCCCCAUACUGGAUACUACAUAAUAACCACAUGUCCGGAAGAGUUCAAUCUCGAAAUGCCGUCUGCUUCUCAAAUAUCAGCAGACGACCUCACUCCAGUGACAUCGAUCACAACAAAUAUCACCUACUUGAAUGAAGUGAUCGCCGAAUGUCAUGACGAUAACAGUAUCAUCAGAUGGGUAAAGGAAAAUGUAUGUCAUAAGAAGAGAAACUCAUCUCAUUCAAACGGCAAUGAAAGCUCAACAGAUUGCAUGGCUUCUAUUCAUCCUCCAUCUGAUAUAUUACCUAGACCGUGUGACACUGAUUUCGCUGAUCAACAGUACGUAGACUCGUGCAACAAGACAGGGUUAUGGGAUGGUUCUUUCUCUGACAAAGCCGAGGAACAAUGUAGGCUUGGAUUCUAUUACCCAGUGGCUGGGGGAACGUACUUGUUCAAGAAUAUCUUCUGUUACAUGUGCAAUGGACUGUUACCAUCUGUUUUUAAGUGCCUAAGAACAUUACAGCGGGUGCAAAGUACAGGCUAUUCUAUAAGCACACUUGUUUGUACAAACUGUGAUCGGCGAAAGUGUAAGGAAAAUGAGUGGCAUGACUGGAUCAAGAACGAGUGCCGUGCCAUGUACUGUCGCUCGGGGUACCGUCUAAAGGGUGAAACAUGUCAAUUAACAGUUGUCGGACUCUCCAGAGUUGAGUACACGAUUGCGGUCCUCUUUCGGCCAACUGAAAAUAACACAUCGGAUCCCAGACUUCAGGACUGGAAUUUCAUAGAACAAUUGGUUGUCCAUAACAUACCAUUAGUUGCAGAGGAGUACAAUAUGACCUAUUAUAUGUUUUCUGUUUAUAAACUUGUGUACAUUGGCACUGCAAAUAGUUCGAGACUUCUCAAUGAGCCAUCCUUUGGAUUGACAUUGAUGUUCCGAACAAACCAAACCUGUUGUCGGGAUACAUUUGAAGAAACUAUGAUGGUGUUGUUGGGGAAUAUUUGGUCGAUGGGGUUUAAAGGUUCGGAAUUUCAGUUUACACUGUCUGAGGAUAAUUUUUAUACUUAUGGCGUAUCAAAGAGGCAGUUAUACAAGAUGCAUCCCCCGUACACCAAUCCACAGAAAAUUGAGACAUAUGACAGCCUCCCUUCGGAGUAUGUUGAAACGCCUGAAGAUUAUGUUUAUUUGCCCACGGUUUUGCCAAAAUGUUCAUAUGUGUAUCUCUCCGUGAAUGAAUUCAGUUGGAACACUGAUGCAUCUAUUUCUCUUCAGUAUGUGGAUAUAACAAUACAGUUUGAUAAAUUCAUUGAAAUAGACGAAAAAAAUAUAAUAAUAUGCGUGGACACGAUGAAAGAGUUGUAUUCAAACUACCAAGAUCCAGUCAAACUGGCUGAACAUAUUUUAACUCUAGUCUUCUCCAUUUUGUCUAUGAUCUGUUUGGCCUUGACCUUCAUCACCUACUGCACAUUCCCUUCCCUUCUCACCCUGCCCACGAAGAAUACGAUGUGUCUGGUCGGGUUUCUAUUCUUGGCUCAGUUGCUGCUUCUGUUAAAGGAUGUUGCCAUCCGGAAUGAAACUGCUUGCAAAACAAUUGGAGUUUUCAUACAUUACUUGUGGCUUACAGUUAUAUUGUGGAUGAACGUCUGUUCCUAUCACAUGUUCCACGUCUUCGUAGUCGAUUCUGCAAAACCGAUCGGUACCCAAAGUCAUCGUAGUCGUCUUCUGAAAUACUCCCUCUAUGCCAAUGGAUUGUCUCUGAUCAUUGUUCUCAUUACCAUAUUUUCAAAUCUCGGCGUUUCUUCAGGAAGCCAUAUCGGCUAUGGUGUAACCACGUGCUACCUGAAUACGUCACUUCUUGUCGGUGUUGCUUUCGUGGCUCCUCUAGGUGUCGUUCUCCUCUUGAACAUCAUUUUCUUCAGCGUCAGUGUGUGGACGAUGGCCAAGAUCAAUAAAAUGAGCGCAAGUAUUGGGGCUGAGAAGAGUCAGGUGCACAUCUACAUUAAAUUAUCCACACUGACAGGGAUCUUUUGGAUCCUGGCAGUCCUCGGUGAUGUUCUCCAGCAGCAAGUCCUCAUCUUCAUCUCCAUCGUCCUGAACGCCGGUCAAGGGAUCUUCAUCUUCAUCUCCUAUGUUGCGAAUAAAAGAGUUCUUCAACUGUGGAGAGGCAAAAUGAACAAAUACAUACCUACUGCCAACAGUCAAUCUCCUAAUCAAACGAUGAACACCCAGUUGUGAAUAACGAGGCGGAAAGUCCUUUAUUGCCACACACGUUAUUGUAUACGGGUAUAUUACGUGUAUUUCAAAAUAUCUGGGAAAAGUGAAACCUGGAGAUAUAUCUGAUUAAAUAUUAAAAUAAGGGGUCGAAGAAACAUGGUGGUACAAUACGAAAUUUGCUAUCCACAUGAAGAACAACUUGUUUAAUCAUCGCACAGAAUUGAGUUCAUAAUAUCCGAGGUUUGUUAUACACUAGAUGUUGUUUUAUUUUCCAGAAAUAAACUCACUCUGCAACAGUAUUGUGUGUCACGUUUAGGUUAUCUGUACAUAGCUAUUCAUAUCAUCAUUGAAUAACACAUGGUUACCGAAUAUAUUAGUGUAUUUGCUGUCAUUGAUAUCAGUUCUUGUUCCCUUAUUAUGUUAAGGAUAUCACUAAGAUAAGAUCUUGUGCUUAGAAGCGACUUUACCUCUGUGUAUUUGCGACAUGUUAUGACUUAGCUAAUGAAAUAUGUGCCCAGGCUAAUAGGCUAGGAGAGCAUCACUGUGAAUCACUUUACCAUAAUACAUUGUAUUUAUUAUUAAGAUAUUAACAUUUGAGAUUGUGAUGUUCUUGUGAAUGAGAGAAACUUUAUCACCAAGAUAAUGGUCAAGUAAUCAUGUUGAAGCCUCAGUUAUUACGCAUCUAAAAUAUGAAACGGUAUGGCUUUAACAUGAUAUCUCCACGUAAAAUAUAUCAGGAGGUAGUCGCACUUAA